AUGACAGGAAGUACUGUGUUUGACAAAGAGAAAAUCUGUACAGCAUUUGUAGAAAAUCAUUUACAUGGAUAUAGUGACUACAUUCAGUGGGAUAAUGUGCAUGAGACAGGCUUGAAAAUAAAAUGUUAUUGUCCAGGUCAACAUGUGUUAAAACACUGCAACAGUCAAUUUGGCACACAAUGUAAAGUGUGCACUGGGUCAACCUACACCGAUGUCCCGAACGGACUGACCGCAUGUCUCCCCUGUGCUGUGUGUGAUGAAGGUAAUGGAGUACGUGUAAAGCAUAAUUGUUCAUCCACUUCAGAUGCACUCUGUGAGCCUUUGACAGGAUAUUAUUGUACAGAAACUCAGGGUGAGAGCUGCAGAAAAGCCAGAGAGUGCUCUACCUGCCUUCCUGGACAAUACAUCUACCAGAAUGGAACAGCUUUAAUGGAUACAGUAUGUAAGGACUGCCCAGAGGAGACAUAUUCAGAUGGUUCAUUUAUGCACUGCAAACCACAUACAAAAUGUGAGUCUUUGGGGCAGAUAACAAUCACACAGGGAACACAGCAGAGUGAUGCAGUGUGCAGCCAUCAACCGUCUAAUCGGGGCCUCAUCAUUGGGAUUUUGGUGCCAUCUCUACUGGUAGUGGUCAUAUUAAGUGCUUUACUUUGGAAGAAAAAGAAAAAAAAUUAACAUAUUGUAAUAAUCAUUUUAAGUGUGAAGAAACAUUUUAUACUCUGUAUAUGUGUACUGUAUAUAUGUGUAGAGCAGGUAAAAUAAAUCUUGAACAAGGAAGCAAUCCUGCCCCUUGUCAGUGCAAUUUAAUAUCAGCUAGUUCAGUCCCAAGUU